AUGGAAGACGAGUUCGCCGACCUGAGGCAUCUUUCGCUGUUCCAAGCCGGGUCUGGCCAGGCCUCUCGUCUGAAACACCGCAACAGCGUCAAGCAGCUCCGCGAGAAGGACGUCGAUCUCGUGUACGACGAGGAGGACACCAUCGACUAUAGGCCGCAGGAGCGCGACUUCAAACACAAGCAGGUCUUCAAGGGAUGGACGCUGAUCUGGCUGGCCUACCAAUCCACCGGCGUUAUCUACGGUGACCUUGGAACGAGCCCUCUCUAUGUCUUCUCCUCCACCUUCGCCGAGCCGCCGUCCAAGGACGACCUCGUCGGCGCCCUCUCCCUCAUCAUCUGGGCAAUCACCCUGAUCGUCACCGUCAAGUACGUCCUCAUCGUGCUUACCGCCAAUGAUGAGGGAGAGGGCGGCACCUUUGCCGUCUACAGCUUGCUUUCACGCUACUGCAACAUCACCAAACAUGAUCCGACCAGGUGGCACACGCAUCGCCUGAGCCGCUUCGAGUCCAACGAGCUGCGUCCCCUCAACCAAAGAGUGCGCGACUUCCUCGAGAAUAGCCGCGCCAUGCAUUUUGCCCUCAAGGCCCUCUCCGUUUUUGGCGUCAGCUUGAUCCUCGCCGACACCAUCCUUACGCCGGCCCAGUCAGUAUUGGGCGCCGUGCAAGGCCUCAGGGUCGUCCGCCCCGAUCUUGGAACCGACUUGGUUAUCGGUGUAUCUUGUGCAAUAAUUGUUCUCUUGUUCCUGGCUCAGCCCCUUGGAGUAUCGCGGCUGGCCAAGGCAUUUGCGCCUAUAGUUGUCGUUUGGCUGCUUUUGAAUUUUUCUUACGGAAUAUAUAACCUCGCCGUGUUUGAUCAUACUGUCCUUAAAGCGUUUUCUCCAACAUUUGCCUUCAGCUUCUUCGUCCGAGACUCAACAGACUCAUUUCUGUCGUUGGGUGGUAUUUUGCUCGCAUUUACUGGUGUCGAGGCUCUUUUCGCUGAUCUGGGUGCUUUUUCGCAACGGGCGAUUCAAAUCUCCUGGAUAGGCUUCGCUUACCCGUGCAUCCUGAUGGCCUACUGUGGCCAAGCGGCUCGUAUUUCUGUCGAACCUAGCGCGUACGACAAUCCGUUCUUCGAAUCAGUCCCACCGGGGAUGUUCUACCCUUCGCUCAUCAUAUCGAUAUUGGCUGCAGUGGUAGCCUCUCAGGCGAUGAUCACCAGCGCUUUCCAGCUGCUCUCCCAGGUCAUGAAUACCAGCUACUUCCCUCAGAUCCAGAUGAUCUAUACCAGCAACAAGUUCUAUGGACAGGUCUUCAUCCCGAUGGCCAAUUGGAUUUUGAUGAUCGGUACAGUCAUCGUCACGGCGGUCUACAACAACACCACCAAACUCGGCCAUGCUUAUGGCUUCUGCGUUGUGCUGGUCACUUUCAUCACGACGAAUCUGGUUGCGCUGGUUGCUAUAAUUGUUUGGCGCCUUCCAUGGUUCCUGGUCCUGCCGGUCUGGGCGGUUUUCCUCACCCUUGAUGGCUUGUUCCUUGCAUCCGCGGCCACUAAAUUCGUCGAUGGUGCCUGGUUCACCUUCGUACUGGCUUGCAUCCUGGCUUUGGUUUUCAUCGUGUGGCGCUAUGGGAAGGAGCAACAGUGGAAGGCGGAAGACAAGAACCGUCUUGGACUUCGCGAUUUGAUUGUCCGGAGCGACGAUGCGCCGCCAAGGCUGGCCGACAAAUACGGAGGGGGCGAGAUCUACAGGAUCAAAGGCCUUGGCAUCUUCUUCGACAAAGCAGGCGACAAGGUGCCAGUGGUGUACGAAGAAUUCCUCAAGAAAUUCGAAGCGCAGCAGGACGUUCACGUCUUCUUGCAUCUCCGUGCCUUGCACAUCCCUCACGUUAAGGAGGAAGAGCGCUACGAGAUCGCGGGAACACGAAUGCCAAACUGCUAUCGCAUGAUCAUCCGCCACGGCUAUAACGACCACCCCAUCAAUGCCGAUCUAGGCCAAGUCGUCUACUCGCAGCUGCGCCACGCCAUCGUUAAGGCGUCGCGCCCCAAGAACAUUCGGAAUAAGUCGCCUCCGCCUCCAAGCAAAGAAAGCACCAGCGGCUCUUCGACGGUCGGGCCGGAGCCCGUGGAGCAGCCUUCGCCUGAGAAUCCGGAUGCUAUCUCCACGGCCCCUAGGAACAGCAACACCGCAACCGGCGGUCACCGCCCCCAUAGUGCCUCCACCGUUUCCGGGGUAGAGCCCGCCGAAAGCCCAAAUGACAGUGACGACGACGACCGCAUCUCCCUGGCAGCCUCAACGCCUCCGAGCCCGCCGACGCCACCGCCCGGCAACCGGCGCCGGAGAGGGUCCGUAUCGAAGAAAAUGCGCUUCGCAGAUCAAGACCACGCGGCGUACGCGAACCUGCCGGAACAGGCGGUGUCACGGCGGCUGGCAGCGUUAGAUAAGGCGUUUGCAACACAGGUGGUGUACGUUGUGGGGAAGGAGCAGCUGCGGCUGCUGACGUACAAGAAUGGGUCGGCGAAGCGGCUGCUGCUGAGCGUCUUCUUGUGGCUGAGGGAGAACACGCGGACAAAGGUGAGCAAGAUGAACAUUCCAGUGGAAAAGCUGGUGGAGGUUGGGUUUGUGCGCGAAAUAUGA